AUGAAAGUUCCAGCAUUAAUCCUCUCUACCUCUCUACUCUAUUUUUUAGUCUUACAAUUGUCCAGAGCAGCUGAUACAAUCUCUGCAGCACAAUCCAUCACCAACACUAAUACCUUGGUUUCUUCCGGCCAAAGCUUCGAAUUAGGACUCUUCUCCGCGGGCAAUUCAGAAGCCUGGUAUUUAGGAAUAUGGUACAAGAAUUUUCCAACUAUUGUUGUAUGGGUUGCCAACAGAGAAAAUCCAGUUGCAGAUUCACAUGGAUCCUUGAAAUUAUCCAAAAAUGGAAGUCUUGUCCUUUUAGACCAAAUGAACAAUACUAUUUGGUCUUCCACUUCUUCCCAAAUAGCAGAAGACCCUGUUGCGCAACUUUUGGAGAAUGGAAACCUGGUUGUCAGAGAAAAGGAUAAAACAGAUUCAGAAAGCUACAUAUGGGAAAGUUUCAAUUUCCCAUCAGACACUCUGCUGCCAGAAAUGAAGGUUGGACGGGACUUCAGAACAGGCCUGAACAGAUUCUUGACUUCUUGGAAAAAUGCUAGUGACCCAUCUCUUGGAGAAUAUACCUAUGGGAUUGAUAAUCUGACGUUGCCUCAGCUUGUUGUUGCCAAAGGAUCAAAGAAAUUGUUCCGUACCGGGCCUUGGAAUGGUGUUCAAUUUUCUGGUACUCCUGAUUCUGGGAACAAACGAGUUGUGAAACCAAUCUAUGUGUAUGAUACCAAUGAGUUCUAUUAUACGUAUGAGGUUGCUGAGAGUUCUAUUCUAACAAGAGUGAAGUUGUCUGAAACUGGUUUGGCCCAGCGGCUAGUGCUGAAUGAAGGAAGCACUGAAUGGGCUGUUAUGUAUACUUUGCUGAAUGACAGGUGUGACAAUUACAGGGAGUGUGGAGCAAAUGGAAUUUGCAGAACUUCCAAGUCUCCAAGUUGUGAGUGCCUGCAGGGGUUUGUUCCAAAAUCGCAAAACGAAUGGGAUGUGCUUAACUGGGAAAGUGGGUGCAUUAGGCAGACACCACUGGAUUGCCAGAAGGAAGCAGGGUUUUUGAAAGUUCGAAACGUGAAAUUGCCAGACCUGUCGGAGUUUUGGGCGAACACAAAAAUGAGUGUGCAGGAAUGUGAGGCAGAGUGCUUGAGGAAUUGUUCUUGCGUAGCUUAUGCUAGUUCAGAUAUCCGUAAUGGAGGAAGUGGCUGUCUGAUGUGGUUUGGCGACCUAAUUGAUAUGCGAGAGUUCCUUGAAGAACAUGUUGAGCAAGAUAUACACAUUAGGAUGCCAUUUUCGGAACUAGGUGGUACCGGCAAGAAGGACAAAAGGGUUAUACUUAUCUCGGUCAUAUCAGCAGUUUCUGUGCUUCCUCUUCUGGCUUUGUUAUGCUGGUGUAUAUUUCUGAAGAAGAGAGGAAGGAAUGUAUCCACAUCCACAGACAAUUGCAACCGCCACCAAUAUUUCUCUCACACAAACAAACUAGGAGAGGGAGGUUUUGGUCCUGUUUACAAGGCCAACCUAACCCGAGAAGAAUUCAUAGCUGUAAAGAGACUCUCAAAAGAUUCUGGGCAAGGUAUUGAAGAGUUUAAGAAUGAAGUUACAAUGAUAGCCAACCUCCAACACUGGAAUCUUGUUAAACUUUUGGGUUGCUGCAUUGAAAGAGAAGAAAGGAUGCUUAUCUACGAGUACAUGCCCAACAAUAGCUUGGACUGCUUUAUUUUCGAUCAAAAUAGAAAGGUUUUGCUGAAUUGGCAAAAGCGAUUGAACAUUAUCAUGGGAAUUGCUCGAGGACUUCUCUACCUCCACCAAGACUCCAGAUUAAGAAUCAUUCAUAGAGACCUUAAGAGUAGCAACAUCUUACUUGAUGAUGAGCUGAACCCCAAAAUAUCUGACUUUGGCAUAGCAAGGAUUUUUGGACGCAAUCAAACCGAAGCAAAAACAAAACGAGUAAUUGGGACAUAUGGAUAUAUGUCUCCUGAGUAUGCAAUUGAUGGGAAGUUUUCAGAGAAAUCCGAUGUGUUCAGUUUUGGAGUGCUUUUGUUAGAGAUAGUAAGUGGCAGAAAGAACAGAGGGUUUCAUCAUCCAGAUCACCAUCACAGUCUUCUGGGACAUGCAUGGUUACUGUGGAAUGAAAAUAAGGGUUUGGAGCUAAUAGAUCCUUGCUUGGGGUACUCAUAUGUUGAGUUUGAGGUGCUGAGGUGCAUUCAGGUAGGUCUAUUGUGUGUUCAAGCGCUUCCAAAAGACAGACCAGUAAUGUCAUCAGUGGUUGUCAUGUUAAGCAAUGAAGGAGUAACAUUACCUCAACCAAAGGAGCCAGGAUUCUUUACUGGAAGAAGUUCCCUGGACGAUACCAUAAUCGACGAAGGUAGAAGUGAGACAGGAAGCAGUAUUACCAUUUCGACAGUGGAAGCUAGAUAA